AUGGAUCUCUUAAUCAUCCUGGUGAUUUGUCUUUCUUGUCUGAUUCUUCUUUCUCUGUGGAACCGAAGCUAUGCCAAAGGGAAGCUUCCACCUGGCCCAACUCCUCUCCCCAUUAUUGGAAACAUUCUACAGUUAAAUACUAAGAACAUCAGCAAAUCCAUAAGCAUGCUAGCAAAAGAUUAUGGCCCUGUGUUCACUGUUUAUUUUGGCAUGAAGCCCACCGUGGUGUUGCAUGGAUACAAAGCAAUUAAGGAAGCACUGAUUGAUCAGGGAGAAGUAUUUUCUGGCCGAGGGAGUUUUCCAGUGAUAGAAAAAAUUGCCCAAGGAUUCGGAAUUAUUUUUAGCAAUGGAGACAGAUGGAAGCAAAUCCGGCGUUUCUCUCUCAUGAUUUUGAGGAAUAUGGGGAUGGGGAAGAAAACAAUUGAAGACCGAAUUCAAGAGGAAGCCUUGUGUCUGGUGGAAGCAUUAAAAAAAACCAAUGCAUCUCCCUGUGAUCCCACUUUUCUUCUGGGUUGUGUUCCCUGUAAUGUCAUCAGCUUCAUCAUUUUCCAGAAUCGUUUUGAUUACAGGGAUCAGAAAUUUCUAACCUUGAUGAAGUAUUUUAAUGAAAACUUUGAAACUGUGAGCAGCCCCUGGAUACCGCUCUACAAUGCUUUCCCCUUUUUACGGGUUCUCCCAGGAAGUCAUAAUGUGAUAUUUAAAAAUUAUGCUCUCCAAAGAAGUUUUAUUUUGGAGAAAGUAAAAGAACAUCAGGAAUCUCUGGACAUCAAUAACCCUCGAGAUUUUAUUGACUAUUUUCUGAUUCAAAUGGAAAAGGAAAAACACAAUAAAGAGUCUGAAUUUACCAUGGACAACUUGGUUGUUACUAUAUGGGAUAUGUUUAGUGCAGGAACAGAGACAACAAGCACCACAAUGAGAUAUGGACUCUUACUCCUGCUGAAGCACCCUGAGAUCUCAGCUAAAGUGCGGGAAGAAAUUGAUCAUGUGGUCGGCAAAAACCGAAGUGUCUGCAUGCAGGACAGAAGCCGGAUGCCCUACACGGAUGCCGUGGUGCAUGAGAUCCAGAGAUAUAUUGACCUCGUCCCCACCAGCCUGCCCCAUGCAGUGACUCAAGACAUUCGGUUUAGAGAAUACCUUAUUCCAAAGGGCACAACAAUCUUAACAGAUCUGACUUCUGUCCUGUACGAUGACAAGGAAUUUCCCAAUCCAGAGAAGUUUGACCCUGGCCACUUCCUGGAUGAAAGUGGCAACUUUAAAAAGAGUGAUUAUUUCAUGGCUUUUUCAGCAGGAAAAAGAAUUUGUGCUGGAGAAGGCCUGGCCCGCAUGGAGCUGUUUUUAAUCCUGACCACCAUUUUGCAGAAUUUUACCUUGAAACCUCUGGUUGAUCCAAAGGAUAUUGACACCACCCCGGUUCACAAAGGCCUUGGCAGUGUACCACCCUUCUAUGAGCUUUGUUUCAUCCCAGUCUGAUGAAGUGUCUGGCUGCUAGAUUGCAGAGCAAGGCCCUUCAGUCUCAUGUGAAAAACGCAGAUGUUUCCUUGCCUGUGUGUCAACCAUUAUCUCUCCUAUCUUACUAGGAGGA